AUUCUUCCCUCCCCGCCCCACCACGUAGAAAAGAUGGCUGCUGUGCAAGUUGCUUGCUGGUUGCUUUCCGGGCAGCCGCGGGAGGCACCGCGAGAAUGAAUUCCUGAGCGAGGCAGUGGGUUUCGCCGCUUGUCUUCCAGGCUCUGUGCUCUGCGCCCGGAUGACAGCAGCUCCGCCCGCACCGAGAUCCACCUGCUCUUCGAUCGGCUCAUCUCCGAGAACUAGAGCGAGAGCAGUGGCGUGGCCCCGGAGUGAUGACAGUAUGGGCUAUCAAUAUCCAUUCACUCUACGAGUUGUGCUGAAAGAUGGGAACUCCUGUGCCUGGUGCCCAUGGUCUAGAUUUUGCAGAGGCUGUAAAAUUGAUUGUGGGGAAGACAGAGCUUUCAUUGGAAAUGCCUAUAUUGCUGUGGAUUGGGACCCCACAGCCCUUCACCUUCGCUAUCAAACAUGCCAGGAAAGGGUUGUAGAUGAGCAUGAGAGUGUGGAGCAGAGUCAGCGAGUGCAAGCCGAGCCCAUCAACCUGGACAGAUGUCUCCGUGCUUUCACCAGUGAGGAAGAGCUAGGGGAAAAUGAGAUGUACUACUGUUCCAAGUGUAAGACCCACUGCUUAGCAACAAAGAAGCUGGAUCUCUGGAGGCUUCCACCCUUCCUGAUUAUUCACCUUAAGUGAUUUCAAUUUGUAAAUGAUCAGUGGAUAAAAUCACAGAAAAUUGUCAAAUUUCCUCGGGAAAGUUUUGAUCCAAGUGCUUUUUUGGUACCACGAGACCCGGCUCUCUGCCAGCGUAAACCACUCACACCCCGGGGGGAUGAGCUCUCCAAGCCCAGGAUUCUGGCAAGAGAGGUGAAGAAAGUGGAUGCGCAGCGUUCGGCUGGGGAAGAGGAUGUGCUCCUGAGCAAAAGCCCAUCCUCACUCAGCGCUAACAGCAGCAGCAGCCCGAAAGGUUCUCCUUCUUCAUCAAGAAAUAGUGGAACCAGCUGUCUCAGCAAAAACAGCAGCCCUAAUAGCAGCCCACCAACUUUGGGGAGGAGCAAAGGGAGGCUCUGGCUGCCCCAGACUGGCAGCAAAAAUAAACUGUCAAGUAGUAAGAAGAACUUGGAUGCCAGCAAAGAGAAUGGGGCUGGGCAGAUCCGUGAGCUGGCUGACGCCUUGAGCCAAGGGCAUAUGCGGGGGGGCAGCCAACCAGAGCUGGUCACUCCUCAGGACCAUGAGGUAGCUUUGGCCAAUGGAUUCCUUUAUGAGCAAGAAGCAUGUGGCAAUGGCUACAGCAGUGGUCAGCUUGGAAACCACAGUGAAGAAGACAGCACUGAUGACCAAAGAGAAGACACUUAUAUUAAGCCUAUUUAUAAUCUAUAUGCAAUUUCGUGCCGUUCAGGAAUUCUGGAUGGGGGCCAUUAUGUCACUUAUGCCAAAAACCCAAACUGCAAGUGGUACUAUUACAAUGACAGCAGCUGUAAGGAACUUCACCCUGAUGAAAUUGACACCGACUCUGCCUACAUUCUUUUCUAUGAGCAGCAGGGGAUAGACUAUGCACAAUUUCUGCCAAAGAUUGAUGGCAAAAAGAUGGCAGACACAAGCAGUAUGGAUGAAGACUUUGAGUGUGAUUACAAAAAGUACUGUAUGGUACAGUAAAGCUACCACUCUGGCUGCUAGACAGCUUGGUGGUGAGGGAGAUGACUCCUUGUAGCUGAUAGUUGGCAAAAGCAUCACUGAAAGGCAAGCUAAAUGUAGUUAUUUUAUCCUGUUAGAAUAAAAAUUCUAAUUAAAAUAGUUAACUUUAA